UUUUCAUAAGGAAUAAAGGUUUUCGAAGUUUACUCACUUUCUGCCACUGAAUUUGUGUUUUCUCAAACCCUAAUGAUAAAGCCAUAUUUGUCGGGCUAUAGAGAGUAAAAGGGGGUUGAGGGAACGUCUAGUCACGUGACUGGCUCGAGACGCCAGAGCAUUAGGCAAAGUAGCGAGAGAAAACGGCAGUUGAUAACGAGAGAGAGAAGUGAUCGGUCGGCCGAGCGAGCGAGACCGUGGAAGUAAAAUAUUUGUAAGAGUAAAGUAACGCGAGAAUUUAUAUUACGUCGUAUUGUGAAAUUAUAAGUCAAUACUUUGUAGGUCUGUAAUAAUAAGCCUCCCUCAAUUUAAAUAAAUAAAGAUUGAAAUAUUAUUUUGUUUAAAACUUCAGAAGUGGGAUUACCGCGUUCCUUAUAGUUAAAAAUUAACAAAAAAAAAACGUUUAUGAAACGAUUCGCGGCGCCUCGUGGUCGCGAUUUUGUCGUCGUGAUCUCAAAAGAUGGCCCAUGAUUGACGAAGAGGAAUUUGAGCAGUUUGCGGCGGAGGAAAUUCGGAAAAUGGCCACGGAUCGAACACCGCCAUGGAGUCGUGGGAGAGGACAACAAGUGCUAGGUCCACCAGGAACUUGGGCUCUCGACGACGAGAUCGCUAGAGCGCAAAAUGGCGGCAGAGAAAACGCGACCGUUACCGGUCCUCCUCCAGAAUUCGCGUCAAAUAAUCAGUUAUUACGCACGCAGUCGCGUAAUGAUAUCGGUGCGCAAGAGCCUCCAUUUCAAAACGUCAAUGAUGUGCGAGCGGACGAUUCGGGUUCGUCGGAACAGCCUCGAGUUCCCCCACCGGGUCAGUUGACGCCGGCAGGGAACGCGUCUCUAGUCAACGCGGUUCGAGAUAUAUUAGCAAAUCAAAACAGAGAAGAAGCCAUGGCCCAUCUAUUCGCGGGAUUAAUGCUCAACCAGCCAAGGUCGAUGCCGAAUCAACAACUUGGACCUUCGAUUCCGUCGUAUCACGUGAUUCCCGACUUAUCGAGAAACAUCGAAACAUUCUCAGGUGAAAACGAUGGUAUUCGAGCCAAAGAGUGGUUGCAGAAUCUGGAAUCGAUGCAACAGUUACAUCAGUGGCCAAGAGACUAUCUGCUUGAAGCUGCGCGCAUGCAUUUGAGUGAUGGCGCGAAAGAUUGGUUUCGUUGUCGUGCGCGAGAAUUGAAAACGUGGGACGCUUUUCGUGAGGCGUUUCGGCAAAAAUUCAUAUUUCAGGACGAUCUGACCACGCGUUUCGAUAGAAUGAGAGCGAGAGUGCAAGGCAAAGGCGAAUCUUUAGUAAAAUAUUUUCAUGCAAAGGCAAAAAUGUGUUCCGAACUAAGUUUAACGUAUCGCGAGUUAAAAGCGCAAGUGCUCAUCGGGUUGUGGUCGCGAGAAUUGGCGAAUGCAGUCAUGCCAUCAAUGCAAUAUACGACCACCGAGUUGUUGCACGAAUUAUUGUAUUUCGAGAGUAUUUUCGCACAACGCGCUGAGCGAAUAAGAUCGUCACGCGAGACGACAAGUGCGAGACCGCGACGUCAAGUGGAAAGACCGAGCGGACACGAGUCGAAAAGAACCGAUGUGAGUGCGGGGCGCUGGGACACGAGAAAUGUGCCAACCGAGCGUGGAACAAGCACGGAUGUGCGUAAGUGUUAUAAUUGUAAUAAGGACGGACAUAUCGCGCGGGAUUGUCCGAGCCCAAAGCGUGUGCUUACGUGUUAUAAAUGUGGUGGUCAGGGCCAUAUCAGUACACGGUGUACCGGUAAUAAAGAACGCACUGUUCAGGCUGUCGGUAAAACAGGUGAUACGUCUGCGCAAAAAUAUUUCAAAAACGCGACAAUUAACGGUAGAGACAUGGCAGUGUUUAUAGAUUCCGGAAGUUCCGACUGUACGAUGCGAAUAUCGCGAGUUUUACGAGAACAAUUUGAAGUGAAAUGGAUUUCGAUGCCGCUCCAAGGUUUCGGACCACCGGAACAUGUGACGACUAGCCCAGGCUUCGUCGAAGCUACCAUUAUCAUCGAUGGAGUUGACGUCCCUGGAGUGCCAAUAAGGGUUGUGCCGGACGAUGUUCAAGGAGUCGACGCGCUCAUCGGCCGUACCUUUACGGAAGCGGACAGCGUCGACUGUCACAAAGUUGGUUCCACUCUAACUUUCAGUCGCAAUGCUGAAUUACCGAGAGAUGUCAACGAAUUACCGACCCAUUUCGUCACCGCGGAAGCAGCGACGCUUCCACCACAUACGGUUGGCAUCAUAAACGUCGUGAACGAUCAACACGAUUAUGUUUUGCCUGUGUCGAAUUUUGGAAACGUUGAGAAAAACGUCGGAGCAAACAAUGGAAGAUGGGUACGAGGAGAAGUCUCACGAGUGUGGGCAAUCGAUCGAGCCAACAUCAAGACAAGCCCCAUCAACGAGGAAGACAUCGACGUCGGUCCGGAACAGCCCAAGGAAGUCGUGCAAGAGUUGUGUGAAUUGAUAAAUGAGUAUCGAGAUUGCGUCUCAACGAAUUUGUUCGAUUUGGGAUGUGCGAAGAAUGUAGAGAUGGAGAUUCGGGUAAACGAGGGAUCAAAACCCGUGUAUAGCAAACCGUAUAGAACGUCUGAAAAGGAGCGAUGUGAGACGAAAGAAAUGUUACGCGAGUGGAGAGAAGCGGGAAUAAUUACCGACACUCAGUCCCCGUAUGCUAGUCCGGUGCUGCUAGUUAAAAAGAAGUCAGGCGAGUCUCGUUUAUGUGUAGAUUUUCGGAAGCUCAACGAACAAACAAACCGCGUACAUUUUCCGCUACCAAAUAUCAAUGACCAUUUAGCACAGGUUCGAAACGGUUCGAUAUUUAUUGUGUUGGAUUUGGCUCACGGUUAUUUGCAAAUACCUUUGAGUAAGGAUUCGCGCGAGAAGACCGCAAUUAUAACGUCCGAAGAAACCGCCGAGUUCACGCGUAUGGUCUUUGGCCUCAUGAAUGGGCCCGCUUUUAUUUCAAAGGCCAUGCACCGUGCGCUUGGUCCGUUAAGAGACAAGGUCGUGUUAUUCUAUUUAGAUGACAUUUUAGUACCGGGGUCAGAUUGGGUAGAGUUGAAAGCUAAAUUGCGAAUGGUCUUGGAAUCCCUUCGAAACGGAGGACUUACCAUAAAGCUAGAAAAAUGUAAAUUUUUGUAUAAAAAGGUCUCGUAUUUAGGGUAUGAACUUUCGGGAAACAGAAUCGAACCAGGUGUUCAUAAAGUCGCGGCAAUUCGGGAGUUUCCGGCUCCGACAAACGUGCACGAAGUGCGAAGGUAUUUAGGUCUCACCGGGUAUUUUCGGAAGUUUGUACCGCGUUAUGCUCAUAUUGCCGAGCCACUUACUGAUUUACUAAAAAAGGAUAACGAAUUCGUGUGGGGAGACGAACAAAAUCGAGCGUUCGAAAGUUUGAGGGCGAAACUGACCGAACAACCUGUCCUUCAGACAUUUGAUCCGAAAGCUAUAACGGAAUUGCAUACUGAUGCGAGCGCUGUUGGUUUGGCGGCGAUGUUGAUGCAAAGAGAUGCGGCAGAUAAAAUUCGAUUAGUUUAUGCGUUGAGUCGUCGAACGAGCGAACCCGAGCAAAAAUAUCAUAGCAGCAAAUUAGAAUUACUAGCGAUCGUUUGGGCUGUUACGCGUUUGCGAACGAUGCUAGCAAAUAUCCCGUUCACCGUAGUAUCAGAUUGCCAAGCGUUCAGUUAUUUAAACACGCAAAAGACGCUAAACCCGCAAAUUAUUAGAUGGAAUGACACGCUAAGUGAAUACGAUUAUCAAAUAGUCCAUCGGGCAGGAGUAAGGUUAGCCCAUGUAGAUGCGCUGAGUCGAGCGCCCGUCGAACCGUCUGAUAGCGAAACGAACGCAACGAUAAUGACCGUUGUAAACGAAGAGGAUGCGAUCCGAAUGUAUCAGUACAGCGAUGAGGAUUUAAAAUAAAAGAAGACAAUUUUGCAAAAGAAAGAGAAUUUGCGCACAGGGCAUGAGAAAAGUCGAGUGACCGACUUAGAAUUAGAAAACGGAGUGUUGUAUAAACGUGUGAAAGAUAAAUUGUUGUAUAUUGUGCCGCGUGCGAUGAGAAAGGCGUUAGUUAUGCGUUUUCACGAUCUCAAGUCAUCCCGGGGUGGAGCGUACUGUUUCACGAAUUCGAGCGCAUUAUCACUUCCCUCGGAUGAAGGCUUAUGUUAGACGUCAUGUAAGAGCGUGUAUUCAGUGUGUUGCGUGUAAAGGUCAACCAGGAAAGCAGGCGGGCGAAUUGCACCCGAUUCCACCGGGACAUCGUCCUUUCGAAAUCGUACACAUGGACCAUAUGGGUCCAUUUGUAACAAGUGCUCGUAGUAAUAAAUACGUGUUUGUAAUUGUUGACAAUUUAACGAAAUUCGCGAUCGUGCGUGCGGUCAAGGACACAAAGGCAGUGAACGUUUUGCGUAUACUCGAAGAGUUUGUACGAGAGUAUGGCGCCCCGGAACGUAUUAUUUCCGAUCGAGGAACCUGUUUUACGUCCAAACAAUUUGAAGAAUUCUGCAGACGCCACGGAAUCAGGCACACCGUCAAUUCACCUAGGCAUCCACAAGCGAAUGGGCAAGUCGAGCGGUGGAAUGCCACCCUUCUUCCUGCGAUUCAAAGCAACUUGAGUAACAACGAUGGAAAAAUGUGGGAUCGAGAAUUGAGACGAGUGCAGAGCGAUAUCAACGAGAUGAAGCACGCGUAUACCGGUAAAAGUCGUUUCGAGUUAGUCUACGGAUACUUGCCACGACGAGACGAGGGCGAAAUACGAAAGGUAACGAUCGACAACGAUAGCACGUACUAGAGACCUGAAAAGUUGCGAGGGGAAGCGCGACAAAAAUUAGUAGAUGCACAGGCGAAAUAUAAACAACGUCAUGA